UUCAAACCAAACAUUCAAUAAGUUGUUUCCGCGAGAACUGGAAACAAAAUAGACACGAGAGUCACAUGGCGAAAAGAACAAACUGACCAGAUGCCAAAACUCAACCAAUGGAAAGAUGCACAUAAUUUUCAAACCAAAACCCCAAAAAUUGCUCGUCAUUCUACCUCCUAUUCCUGAGGAAUUCCAAGAGAUUGUCGUUGCUUUCCAUCUGUAUGAACAGAAGGAACAGAGAUCCCACAUGCAAAAUUACUCUCCUCGCCCAAUGAGCCACGAUAAUGUCCAGCCACAUCGAGCGCGAUAGCGACGAGACCCGACUCGAAAGUGGCGAAUGCGGGUGCAAUGGCGGAAGGAAGAGGCUGCGCGAGCUCUUCUUGACGUCUUUGAUCUUCUGGGUCUGGUGCUUCGUCUUCUUUUCCCGCUCGAAACCCGGGCUGAGCCAUGGAAGCGAAGGUGUUCGCAAGGACAAUAAGCUUCACAAGCAUGCAUAUAUAGUCGGCGCUGGUAACGAUAACAGAGCAAAUCAGUUGAGUUCAGAACCCAGAAAGUGUACAGCUUGCGACAGGUCACAUGUGCCUCGAGAACUUAGAGAUUUUGAGCAGCCUCUUCCAAAGAUCAAUGUAAAUGAAGAAGUCCUUGGGCACUUAUUUGGUUGUGCUGCUCCGGUGUGUAGAAUACAAUCAGAAGAAGGAAGAAAAGCACGUCAACCAGAACCGCCAAAUUUGAGAGGUAAUCGGCCUUCUUAUCUCAAUUUUGAUGAUUUUCGAAACUCAAGAAGGCAGGAAAAAGUGCUGGGAAUACCUACUUGGCUCGUCAACAUUACACACCGGCUCGAACCGGAUGGAACUGAGUAUAACUAUGCGUCUGCAUCAAAGGGAGCGAAGGUUCUUGCUCAUAACAAAGAAGCGAAAGGAGCAACCAACAUACUCGGAAAAGACCAUGACAAGUACUUGAGAAACCCUUGUUCUAUCGCAGAGAAGUUUGUCGUGAUUGAGCUUGCAGAGGAAACUCUGGUCGAUGCAGUCAAAAUCGCAAACUUUGAGCACUACUCUUCCAAUUUUAAGGAAUUCGAGUUGUCUGGAAGUUUGAGUUACCCUACGCAAACAUGGUCCCCACUGGGCAAGUUCGUCGCCAAGAACGUGAAGCAUAUUCAAACCUUCAAGCUGCCCGAGCCAAAAUGGUUGAGGUACUUGAAGUUGAAUUUGCUUAGUCAUUACGGAUCAAAGUUCUAUUGCACGCUAAGUGUCAUGGAGGUGUUUGGAAUCGAUGCAAUAGAGCGGAUGCUCGAAGAUCUCUUUGUGCCUUCUAGUGAACCUUCUCAAGGUGAUCUUGCAAAGCCUAAUGCUUCGGCAACACACCUGCCAAGACAUGAGUCAGUUGCUGUGGAACUUAAGAGUGAUGAUAGAAGUCAAAAUGCAGUUGAGACAGCCACUACGACAACCGAAGCUGUUGAUCACGCACAAAAUGCAAAAGCUCAUGAGGCAACUGAUCCUGACAUUACAAGAAAGGUUCCUGAUCCCAUUGAGGAAGUGAGGCAAAUGUUAAAUGGCAGAAUUCCCGGUGACACUGUCCUUAAAAUCCUGAUGCAGAAAGUUCGGGCUCUUGAACAGAACUUGUCGGUGUUGGAGGAGUAUAUCAAAGAAUUGAACCGACGGCAAGGGGACAUGUUCCCCGAACACGAGAAACAGGUAUCUACGAUGUUGGUCCUCGUGGAGAAAAGAAAAUUAGAGAUUCGAGACCUCAUGGAGUGGAAGGAACUUAUGGAAAAAGGAUAUAGGGAUCUUGUGUUAUGGAAGUCUGUUGCCUCGUCGCAAGUGGAUUUGCUCGGUCAAGAAAACACCCUGUUGAGAUCGGACAUUGAGAAGGUCGCGAGAGAUCAGGCCAGUCUGAAAAACAAGGAGCUUGCCGUGAUGGCAGUGAGUUUUUUCUUCUUCUGCUGCGCGCUUCUCAAGCUAAUUUCAACACGGCCCUCCCUAACUUUUCGAGCCUCUCAACCCGACAGAGCUGUCCACACAAGUCGAGGGUGGCUUCUGAUAUUACUUAGCAGCAGCAUGACAAUGUGCAUACCCUUAUUCUAUAGCUAGUCCCUGACUUCUUCUGUAGCUCUGGAUAGGAAAAAUUUUGCCCUAUGUAAUCACAAGCCUUCAUUCUCAGGAAUCGGUUCUGUUGGGAAACUUCUGCUAUUCCUUUUGCUUUCGUGUUGAUGAGAUUCUGAAUGGAAAAAUUAUC